AAUCCAAUAAUCGAGGUGUUUCAGAUUAGUGCUUAAGUAGUCGUGACCGUAAAGAAUUUCGGGUUUGGUUAAACUUGAAUUAUUAAUUAUUUUUUUUUGUUUGUAGUUGUCAGUUGUCAGUUUUUUUAUUUUAAUUACUUUAGUUUUGUUAAUUCGUGUCUGAAAUAUAAAAGCAACUUUCAUCGUACUGAGUGUUUUUCAGUUGAUCUUCAGUUUUAUUUGUACGUGACAUGUCCGUUUCGAAAUUUUAUUAAGAUGUCUGAUGACAUACCACCUCUAAUACCCGAAACCCCACCUCCCAUGACUAAAUUGGAUUGGGAAGAUGAUGAGGAUUUUAUGGACUAUCCUCAUCUGGCCUUGGAACUGCCAUCCGAGUCUAGUUUAAGUCCAGAUGGCGGAUGGAAUCCUAUUGAUGUAUUAUCUCUUCCUUAUGAUGGUGAUAUAAUUCAUAAACCAGUAGCUUGUAUUGAAACAAACUCCAAUGACAAUUUGUCAAAAUGGCCCUCAAGUAUUAUAAAGAAUGAGGUUUCUAUUGAAUCAUCAUUAUCUGAAGAACAACCUAGUUUACAUCAAAACAAUUUAUCCAUAUGGAAAGAUAAAAAAGACAUCUCUUGUGAAAUUUUAAAUAAAUUAACCAAUGACAGUUGUGAUAAUGUUAAUGAAAUAGACUGUAAAACAGAGAUCAAACAUAAUAAAUCCUCUGAAGAUGUAAUAGAUAAUAAUAGGAAAAUAAUUGAUGAUGACUUGUCUGUAACUUCUGAUCAAUAUAUUUGUGACACGGCAAAAGUAGAAAAUAAUAUAAUACCACAGCAUUUACCAAAUUUAGUACUUCAAUUAAAUAACUCUGAAGUUAAUGAAAAUAAUGAGAUAUUUCAGCCUAUAACCAAUGUUAAUUUUGAAAAUUCUACUAAUCAAGAAACAUUGGUUAAUGGUUAUUUAGAAUGUGUAGAUAUUAAAGAAUCGUCUAAUCAAAUCAAUUGUGUUCAAAAUGUUUUAUUAGAAAAUUUGAAAAAUGAUGUAAGUGACACUGAUACAUCUAAUGAUAUGUAUGCAACAUUAGUUGAUGAUUUAUCAAUUAAUAAUAACAAUAACAAUAAAAUAAUUAAAAAUGAUCAAGAAGAGUAUACAGAUUUCUGUGAUUUUGAAACUAAUUUGCCUCAUACUCUAAAUGUGCCUUUACCAAAUAGAACAUCACAAGAAAAUCAUGAAAUCAUUGAAGAUUCAGAUUUUCAAACUGUUGACCAGCAAUAUGUUGACAAGUUACCUUUAACACAUUUUAAUAAUGAAAACUGUAAACCAUUGAAAAAUAUUGAAACAUUAGUUGAAAAUAAAAUAGAACAAAAUGUAGAAUCAAUUAGUCCUAGUUGUACAACAUUUCAAAAUAAUGAAAUUAAUGUUGAGUAUAAUUCAGGUUCCGAAAAUGAUGAAUUCUCUGAUUUUCAUGAAUUUUCAAAUUCUACUACCGAAAAAAAAAUAAUUUGUGAUAAAAGUGACAAUGAUGAUGAUUUCUGUAACUAUGAAACUUGCAUACCAAAUUUCAAUGAUACAGUAGAGAUUAAACAUUCCAAUGUUGAACAAGUGCAAUGUUUAACUAGUAAUGAUUCAAUAUUGAAAUCUGAUUACCAAAAUAGUAUAAUUAAUAAUGAUGAUGUUGAUGAUGAUGACAACUUCUGUGAUUUUGAAUCUGGUUAUACUACAUCAGGUGAUCAAGUUAAAGAUUUAAAACAAAAUUAUGCAAUAUUAGAUUCAGAAUCCCAUGUUCAACUCGAUUAUAAACAGUUUUGUAAGGAUGCUUUUCAAGGAGAUUAUGAGUUAUGUGAAGAAACCGAUUUACAAAUCUUAGAAAAUGAGUUGAAUGAGUCUCAAGUGUGGCAGGGUUUAAAAGAUGUAGAUUCAAGUCCAGCCCUUAACUAUAAUUGGACAAAAUCGGAAUCGAAUAAUGUUUUUCUUGCUUCACUCUCAAUUGAUUCUAGGAACAUAUUGUAUGGUGCUUCUUGGAACCCAAAAAUCCCUAGAUUUGCUGCAAACAUGUCUAACAAUCCAUUGGAACCAUUAAAAGCUUCUAACAAUGACACAACUGAUACAAAAAUAUCGCAAUCUUUUUCCAAUGGCCCAAUGCAGGAAACAGUACCGGAUCCUGAAUUUGACUGGAAAAGCAGUGGUUUAAUAAACCCAUUGGACUGUAAUCAUACGUCGCUACUCGAUCUUGAACUCCUUGAUACACUUGCACCAUGCUGUACAAAUGCUCUUCAGCCUCAAACAUGGAAAACAUCUGAGGUUGUAAAAGAAGAAGAUACUCACAUCCAAAGUAGUCCAGAAAGUAUAGAUGUAUUCGAUGAGUUUUUUAAUACAUCAUUGCCGUCAUCAUCUGACAAUCAAUCAAUAGACACUAUUGAAAGUCCAAGUUCGCUCAUAGCAACAGUUAGUCAUGAAGCACAAAGAAUUUUGGAUAAUUUGCCUGAUUUCAAGGUAUUGCAAAAACCUUAUUUAGUAAUAUUAGAAAGAGAAAACAAUUUAUUUCUGAAUUAAUUCAUUUUUUUUUUAUCAACAAUUAUUUAUAAGAAUGCUAGAUCACUGCAGCGAGAAAGAAUAUCUUAUAUUUUUUCUAGUUGAAAUCAAGUCCAUUAUGUGCAAUAAGUUAAACUAAUCUGUCCAAAUUGUUUUCGUGUGUAAAUUAAUUUAAAUAAUCAUUUAUCGUUUAUCUUAGGUAUUCCUGUUAGUUAAUUUAUUUUAUUAUAAACGUAAAACAUCAUCAUUAAUUCCAAUAUGUUAAAAAGAUAAUUAUCUUCAUAAUAGUUAGGGUUUUUUUUCUAUUGACACAAAAUUGUUUUUUAUGUUUUUAACUGUAUUAUUAAUUUAAGUUGUUUAAAUUAUAAAAUUUAAAAUUUUGUUAAAUUAAUAAUAAAGCAUGAAAAAGUUCAUAUUUGCUUUAAGUUUAAAAUACAUUAGAAAUAUUUGUGCUACUAAAUAAUAAUAAUUAUUAUUCAAUUUCUAGUCCUUAUGUAGCAUGCAAGACCUUAAUUGGUAUUUCAUAAUUAUUUAUUCAUUUAAUAUGCAGAGAUUUCUAUAAAUUUUAUUAAAAUUUCAAUAAAUUAAAAGUUACGGCUUUGAAGUUUUAAUAGACUAAUUUCAAUUACAUAAAUUUUUCUUGACUAGGUAUGUAUUAUAUUUUAUAAUAUAAUAUUACAUUCUACAGUAUACUUUUUGAAAUAAUUCAAAUUUUUCUAUAAAUAUAUUGUUCUUUAAAAACUUGUAAUUAUGGAAAUGUAUUUUUAACAAUACCCAUAAUUAUAUCAAUAUCAGAUAAAAAUUGAUAUACCUACAUCAUCAUUUAACAUUGUUAUGACUACAAGCUAUUGACUGCAUACCUAGCUAUUACAUAUGUUCUAGUUCAUUAUUUUUCUAACAAUUUGGUAAAGCUAACAAUAGCUAAUGAUUUUCCUUUAAAAUUUAAAUUUAAAUUGAUUUAUAGAACUCUACAAACUGCUCAAAAAAAAAUAAAUAUGGAAUGGCUUAUAGUUGUUGAAUUUGCUUUGCAAGGAAUGUUAACUAUUUUUGUUGUUGAUAGAUAUUUAAUUAUAUAUUAAAAUAUCAAGAUAAUUGAAUGGACUAAAAAAUUAUAAUUUUUAUAAAAAUAAUUUUUAACAAUUUAGUGUAUAUGAUAUAAGUAUAAACUUAACUUAAAUGAGUUAUAUUUGUGUUUAAUAUGUUUAAAUUAUAUAGAGUGGGGAAACAGCCAAAACAGCCAAUUUAAAACAUUAAUUAUAAAAUAAAAUUUAAUUAUUAAUGUAUUAGAAUGGAGUAUAUAAUUUGUCAUUAAUUUAUAAUAACCAUUUCCUCAAAAUAACUAUCUACUCUUCUUAAGCACUCUUUUUAUCUUCCUUGAAUUAUAUAAUGCCACUUACGAUAAAGCAGACACUAACUGUCAUUAUUUUUAUAAAACAAUUUUUCAACAAAAUCAUGUUAUUUACCAUUUCAUGUUGGUUUAAUGAUGUAUUAUUAUUAAAUUAAUAAUAGUUAAUAAGAGAACAUUAUUAUCAUUAUUUUUUUUUUAUUGUUGAGAAAACUUAUUUUUUAAAUUGUUCGUUUCACUUCCCCACUCUAUAUUAUAUUUUGGUCUGUUCAUUAAUAUUUUUUCUUGGUUGCCCAUCUAGUCUUAAUGGCUCUAUUAGAUAUGUACCAAAUAAAUAUUAAUUCUAGUAUACAUACAACAUAAUAUGUAAAAUUUCUUAUUAUAAGGUUUAUUUUGUGCAAUCUAUUGUUUUUCUUCAAUAUUUCUCAUAUUUUGUUUGUAAACCAUAUUCCAAUGGUUAUAUUUAAGUCAUAAUUUUAAAACUACAUUCCUUUUUUUUGUUAUUACAUGUAUGGAUAUGUCUUAAUAUAAUCAUCUAAAUAUUCAUGGUACCUAAUAUCAAUAUAUCAAUAUUAGAUUGAAUUCAUACAUUUUUACCCAUUACCAUUAUAGAUGUAAAAAUAUGAAAAUAAUAUGCUCAAUUAAUAUUAUUUUGUUUUAAUGAAAAAGUUUAGCCACUGUAAUAUCUUGUUUUUAGCAUUAACUGGCGGUUUUCACUUUAUUUUCAAUUUAAGGAUUUUUUUAACAUUAUAUGACUUUAACUAAAACGAUUAAAAAAUAUAUAUUGCUUUAAGUAGUACAAUGAAUAUUAAUCAAUAAAUUUUGUUAAUAUUGUAUUAAAUAUAAACAAUAAUAUUUCUGGUUCAUAUUUCCAAAUUAUUAGUAAGCCAGACUGAUUCAAUAGUUUUCUAUUUUGAUUUUGUGAGUUGCAUGUUCAUUUUUUACUCUUUUUUGUGUUUGUAUUUAUUUACAUAAAAUUUGCAUGUAAACUAAUUAAGCUCUGUUGUUUAGUUUAUAAUUAAUGCUCGUAGUAAAACCUUUAUUUUUAAUUUACCCAUGACUUAAUAAAUUCAUAGUUAUUUGUGUGCACACUUAAUAAAUACCUUGAUACUAAUCACUUAUCAAUUCAAAAAAUAAAAAUAAGUAGUUUUGUCUAAAAUAAAAUAUUUUCAAAUGCUAGAAAGUUAUUAGAUUGAUAAUAUUUAACAACUUCAUAUGCUUGAAAUUGAGUGAACAUUAAUAGUAGGUAUAAAGUAUAACAUUUAUAAAUUAUUUGUUUUUAUAUGUUAUGUAAUGUGCCACCUCACUUGCCUCGCUGCCAAAAACCGCCACUGCAAUUGACUUAACAUAUUAUAUCAAAUAAAAUUGAAUGUAUUAAUUAUUUAGUGAUAUUUUAUUCUUAAUCUUUUCAUAUUUUAUAAACAACUUGUAAAAAUCAGUAAGAAGUACAUUUUAAAAACUAUUUUUUAGAAAAUAUUGGUGACUUACAAUUUUUUGUGAUUUAUGAUUCUUUAUUUUAAAUAAAGAAGGGAUAAAUGAAGUAUUAUUUUUUUAUGCAUUAAGAUUUUUAAAUAUUACAACAAAGAUAAUUUCUUGACAACUACAAUCAAGUUAAAGUAGAUAUUAGGUAUUUUGAAUAAUCUAAUGGCUAAAAGUAUUUUAUAAUUAAAAAUUUUUAAAUCAUUUUUAAAUUAUUUUAUUUUAAGUAGAUACCACAAUAAUUGUUUUAAAGUUAUAAAUGUUAAAAUGUUAAAAGGUAUAUUUAAUUUAUUUUCAUUCAAUUAAGUAUUAAAAAAUUUCUGACUGGUGUAGCAAUAAUGUAUUUUAUUUGAUAACGGUUAAUAUGUCAAUAGCAAAGAUUUGUUCUUCAAAUAAUUGAAUGUAUACUUAUGAUAUUAUGUAUUUUAUCUUUUGUUUAAUGUGGUUAUACAUAAAUAUUAACAUACUUACAUUUAUUCAACAACGUUUAUCAAUAUUUAAUAUCUUAAGUGUUAAUAAUUGUUUAAUGUUAUGUUGCAAAUUACAAAUUGCAAUCAGUCAUUUAUUUAGGUAAUUGAAGUAUGUUAAUAUAAAUAUUUUUUGUAGUUACCAUACAAAAUGUAAAAGUUUUAAUAUUGAAAGCUAUUUCUUGAUUGACAAAAGUUUGCAAAAUUUGAUCAAGAUGUUUGUACUUAUUUUAUCAAUAUUUUUCUUAUGAAAUUCUAUACAUUUAGGUCUUUAUAAUCCGUCCUUUUAUUAGUUUUAUUACAUUAAAAUUAUUUUUAUUGAUAAUUUUUGAUCUCUUUGGUAAUGUACGAAGUACUUAAAUUAAUUGGUUGACAGUAGGUAAGUAAUAUUUACCAGUAGUAUAUAUUUUUCUUUUAUAUUAGCCUUUAUUAAUAUGAUUCCACUGUUCAUUAAAAAAAUUAUUAUUUUUUAGUAAAAGAAUUUGUCAGUUUUAUUUUGUAAUAUAUUUAAAAAAAUAAGAUAAGAUAAACCAAAAUGUCUUAUAUUUAAACGUUUGUUGAAUAAAUUAGGUAGGUAAGACAAAAUAAGAGUUAUUUUAAUUACUCUGUAAUUUUUUGCUAGAAAUGUUGAUUCUUAUAUUAGUUAUCUGGUUGUAAAUAUAACACUAUAGAUAAUCUUUUUUUUUUUUAACUAUAGUAAUAAUUAUGUAACCCAAAUUUAAUUUGAAAAAUAUUGUGACUGCUAACAUUCCUUAUAUUUUUAAAUUAGAUGUAUUAACAAUAUGUUGUUGAAGUUUGAAUGAAUUUUUGUGUUUAAGGUUUGCUCUAAGUGAUUAUUUAUUAAUUUAUUAUUAUUAUUUUUAUUAUUAUUAUUAUUAUAAUUAAUUUUGUUGGAUAAUGUUGUUUGUAUUAAAUAUAAUUAUGUUUGGUUUAUAAAACAAA